AUGAGACCAUCAACCGCACUGUAUGCGCUCCUGCCAGUGUCUGUUCUCUUUGCAUCCGCUGCUACGGUUCUCGACCAGCCGCCUCAGGAUGUACUCAACAGGCCCACAGCCGAUAUUCUGGCUGACCGUGAUGCCAUCAUAGAGAAGCUGCUUGCUACCUAUGGGGACGAUCCUGUACAUGUUAUGCGUCUUCUGGAUCCCGAGAACGCGUCAGAACUCGAUGCGCCACGAUUGUUGCAGGUCUUUGGGGCCGAGGCAGUAUGGAUGACCGAAGGCGACAAACUGCGCCUUCGACAGCAGGGCCUCGGGUUCAUGGAUCUCACCAAUCACCAGGAUUUACACGCAUGUUCUGGGUCUGUUGAGUCGACAUGGCCUAAAUUACAAUAUCAAGAGAAGGUGAAAUCAGUCACAAAGCUUUUGAGCAAGGACGAGAUGAAGAACAACUUGGGGAAUUUAACCUCGUUCCACAAUCGGUAUUAUCGCUCGGAGUUCGGUGUCCAGAGUUCACGCUGGUUAUACAAUCAGAUUCUGGACAUUGUCUCUGCUGCCCCUCCCGGUGUCCGUCUGUCAGUCGAGACAUUUACUCACACGUUCCCCCAACCUAGCGUCAUUGCCCGCUUUGAGCCGUUCUUUGGACGCUCUUCUCCCAAUCCAACGAUAGCCCUUCCGCGCAUCAUCGUUGGCGCUCACCAGGACUCUGCAAAUUACCGCUUCCCCUUCCUCCCUGCGCCUGGAGCAGACGAUGAUGGCUCAGGAACAGUCACGAUCCUCGAGGCGUUCAGAGCCCUCGUCCAAUCCGGGUUCGCGCCAGAACGCCCAGUCGAGUUCCACUGGUAUGCCGGGGAAGAAGGUGGCUUACUAGGAAGUCAGGAGGUCGUGUCGGAGUAUAAGCAAUUAAAGAAGGAAGUGGGCGCUAUGAUCCAGUUUGACAUGACUGCAUAUGUACCAAAAGGAGAAGUUCCCAUUGUGACCUUUAUCACGACGGACGUUGAUUCGAAUCUAACGAAGUGGGCGAUGACCCUUGCAGAAGAGUACAGUACGUCUGUUGUGGGCGGGGCGAAACUCUUUGCCGGUGCAGGCUCAGACCAUAUGUCAUGGCACCGAGCAGGAUACCCUGCCAUAGUUGCAACAGAGGGUGAUCCGUUCAGGACGUUCAACCCGUACAUCCACACGACGGGAGACAGGAUGGACCUUGCCGAUGGAGAGUUUUCAUUUGAGCAUGCUCUCGAAUUCGCGAAGGUUGCUGUCGGAUUCGUGGUCGAGCUCGGUGGAUGAGUCGAAUAGCUUCGUAAAGAUGG